UUCUAUUUUAAUGCACCUGCCACUGAUGAGAUGUGGCUGAUGAUAGCUUACAUAAUCACAUCUACCCGUUCCGGACGCAAGUCCUGCUCAGCAAAAGAUUAUGCUCCGCUCCAGUCAGUGUUUCUUUGAUAGUAAGAGUUCUCAAAGAUCAAAAAGCCACAACACAAUACCCAUGGUUUUAUCCUCAUCCGGAUGUUCGUGAUGCAGACUAUUAUAUUUGCUACGGGGAGAAUCACAAUUUUCUCGCCCUCGUAUUCAGAGCUUGGCUAAGCAUUGCAUGUCGGUUCAACCACCAAUUGGUGGCUGUGUUACUCUACUUUCAACCUCACCCUUUGCUCUUCCAAAUUUACUUCCCACUCCUCUCUCAAUCCACCGGCAAAUCUGCGUACAAAACCAUGGCACAUGCUUCUCCCACUACAUUUGUGACACCGCAAGAAGGAGAUUCAUCAUCUCCCGUCCGGGUACAGCCAGCUUCAAAACGUAUCAAAUGCAAUGUGUCUGAAUGUGGGAAACUUUUCAGCCGCAAAGAGCAUCUUACCAGACACAUGAAAUCACAUGAUCCUCAACUUCAACAUGAAUGUCCUGUAUGUGGCCGACGAUAUGCACGAAGGUAAUCAGUCCCUCAAUUGUUUGAACAAUUAAGACUGAUCACUAAAUUACAUGCAUUUAGUGACGUAUUGAAGCGACAUCUAGAUCAUCAUACUCAGAACUCUAACACCAAACGUACCAUGGUUGCAUGCACAUCAUGCCAUGAACGAAAGCUCAAGUGUGAUGAUACUUCGCCUUGUCGAUCAUGUAUCCGAACCGCAACGGAAUGCAGUCGAUUGACUGACAGCUGGACUACCCGAAGGAAGGUCGGAAGUGCAAAUGCGAAUACGACCAUUUUGAGGACCGACGUGAAUAACGAUAACAAUUCCCUGCAAAAUUCUGAUCUUGUACAACCCUGGUUUCAAUCUGGAAAUCUAACAUCGUCUCUACCUCCAUACUCCGAUGCUGCUAUCAACCUAUUUUUUGCAUCUGACCUUACACCCAAUGAGAUUUUACCAUGGAAUCAACAUCAGUCUGAAGGGGGAAGCUUUCCAGAUUUGUUCCCCAUACCUCUGUCUGACGAUGCAUCACUGUCUCUGCAAGCUUUCAAUGAUCCGCUCAAAUCUUGGAUGAACGUUACGCGUUAUGACGGUGAAGCUAGUGAUAGAACCAGCUCAACAUUUGCAUCACAAUCACCCUUAUCAUCAUCGUCCGAGCAAGAUCAUUCCUCAGAAUUACGAAGAACAUUGAAUGAAGAUCCAGCUCACGUGAAACAGCUCCUCGAUGUUUAUUUCACCAAAAUCCAUUCAUUUUGGCCAAUAUUGCAUGCUCCAACGUUCAAUUCUCAAAAUGCUUCGCCAAUCUUACUAGGUUCUAUGAUCAUGCUGGCGGAUUGGCUGUGCGGGAAUACGAAUCAUGAAAAACUUUCAUUCGUUGUGUUCGAAGCGAUACUAGCAGCUCGAUUGGUAAUUGUUUUUUUCUUCUUGAAGUAUUGUGCAUGAUACUAACCUGACUACACAGGAAUCUAGUCUCCCAUUCGACAAGGAUAUUGACCAAUUGUCACUUCAAAAUCUUCAAGGCCUUCUUUUGUGUGUUGUAUACACUAUUUCUCUUUUGGUAAGUUGAACCGCCGAAAAUGCAAUACAAACCUUGUGCUCAUCAAUCAAUGCUAAUACCGCGAUAAGAACACGAAAGGGGUGUCUUCACGGGCUGUUCAUCUUAACAGUACUUUAACGUCAACUUGUCGCCAUGCCGGUAUCUUCAACGGUCAAAACACAUAUUAUGAACUCGGAGAUUGUCCAUUUGACCUUUGGUUGGUGCAAGAACAACUUCAUAGGUAUUAAUAAUUACCCCACUUUUAAUAAUCCUUGGCCAUAUACUGACACAAGCCAGACUUGCAUUCUCUAGUCUGAGGGUAGAUGCCUACUUGAGCGUUCUUAUGGAUUACCCGCCAUCUGUUCGCUAUCAGGAGAUUAGCAUUCCCCUUCCAAAAUCCACGAAGCUUUGGACGGCUGCAACUGAUGAAGAGAGACGAAUACUUCAAUGGAAUGAGCCUGCAGGUCGCGAGAAAGCCCUAUUCUGUUUUCUCAUGCGUGAUAUCAUUGAUGCUAGCGACUUAGACUCAUCUUCGCAUCAUCUCACUGAUAACGACUAUCACCUGGGGCUGUGUUCUCUACAGAUCGGAACAUGGGAAACUGCUCGCGAAGCCUUCUGCUGUUGUGAUUCAGAUGAGUUAAUAACAGACUCAAAGCGAAGCGACCCAGUUCGCCGAUGGAGUGCUCAUCUCGAUCGCUGGCGCACAAAUAUCGAAGAAUACACCCAAUCCCAACCAAAAGCCAUCGCUACUGAAGUCACCGAAGAUUGUGUAUUUCCACAAUUAAACCUAAUCCUAUGGCAUAUAUCUGCUCUGACAGUUCAUGCGCCCCUAAAGCUUUUACAGCGACAAGGAUGUUGCUUCAAAUGUCGACCUGGUGCCGGCUCAACGAUUCAAAGGACAAGAGCGCGUUUAAGUAGUUGGAUGUCUUCACCACACCCUCGUACCGCAAUUUGGAAUGCUGCCCAGAUAUGUCGGCUAGCAGAAGAUAACUUUUCCAGGCUUUCUUCUAAUGCCAGUCCUUUGCUUAACCCGCUGGCAAUACCGGGGAUCUUGAAGAGCGCAAUUGCUGUUUGCUCUUAUGCAUACCAUAUUACCGCCUGUCCGAAAUGUACCGGUAUUUCUGGAGAUUUGAUUGAUUUGUUCGCUGCGCGUAAUGAAGAUAGUAACUUAAAAAUAUGGAAGGAGCAAGGAAUUGGUAUGGCCAUCUGGGGCACAGAAGCUAUUUCCGUGUGCCACUGUACAUUCAACACCUUAGAGAUGUGGUUCCGGAAUAGAUUAGCGAGAGAUCCAGGUGCUGAGGCUCAAUUUGUGUUAUUCCUCGCAGGUUUGGGAGAAUAAAAUUGUCCGUUCGCUACGGCAAUAUGAGAGGCGAUUUUAUACUUUGACGAGGAGCAGAUCAAAUAUGUGUUGGCUGAUGGACAAUUUAUCAGCUAGAUCAGCGAGCCGGUUGAGAAGACAAAUUUUAACUGAUAAUUGGCCAAUCCACCGAUAAACUAAUCCGAAAAAGCUCGGAAAUGCAACUCUUGUAUCCAGGGGUAAUGAUAACGUGGAAAGAAAAUCCACUUGCCAGGCGAGUACUAUCGAGGACCCAUAAGAAUACGCGCUCAUGACUGCAAAACAAUUCCCUUCUUCGCCAUUAACCGAGACCAAAACAUUGAAGCAAUAUUUAGUCUAUAUAUUCCAGGACUUCGCAAAAGCCGACUAUAACCCACUAGCACGUCAACUCCAAGCUAAAGAAAUCGAGAUGCAUUCUCAGCACUCUCCUCCCAUGGUUUCUUCACUCGCCUCCCUCUCACACAACCGGAAUCCGAUUUCUGUCCUUCGAUUCUCUCAUCCUCAUCAUCUCUUUACUCGCCUCUGACUGAUAAUAUCAUUCUCACCACUGGCAAAAGCGACAAGUGAUUUAUACCAGGACUAACCUUACGAUUCAUUGCUUAUGCUCGGAUAGAAAGACGAGCGAAUUAUCAAUUCCGGGCUUUGAAAGAUAUACUAGGAGUAGUCACUUAAAGGUUAUAUUACUUUUUGUAGUUGUUUAUAUACUUUAGCCCCGGUUGAGGAGUCGGUUGUUGUGGCAAAGAAUAUGUUCUGGGGAGGUGGGUGUGAGUUGGAUAUGGAAUGGAUAUGGAUAGAAUAUAAGACGGCAUUUAUUGGAGCAUCACCUACCUAAUCAAGGAUUUUGUUUAUAGUCUACCUACUAUCUUCUACUCGGUACAUAUGUCUUCUAUCCCUUGCCCAUCAAGCCA